UGGUGAUGACGCAUGUCCUGGGCGGUGGAGAAAGCAUGAUGGCGGCGCCCGUGGAGGUGGCAGUGUGUACCGACUCGGCGGCCCAGCUGUGGAGCUGCGUCGUGUGGGAGCUGCACUCGGGCGCCAAUCUGCUCACAUACCGCGGCGGCCAGGCCGGGCCUCGCGGCCUGGCGCUGCUCAAUGGCGAGUACUUGCUGGCGGCGCAGCUGGGCAAGAACUAUAUCAGCGCCUGGGAGCUACAGAGGAAGGACCAGCUUCAGCAGAAGAUCAUGUGCCCCGGACCGGUCACCUGUCUUACCACGUCGCCCAAUGGCCUCUAUGUUCUGGCAGGGAUCACAGAGAGCAUAUACCUGUGGGAGGUUUCCACGGGGAACCUUCUGGUCAUCCUGAGCCGCCACUACCAGGAUGUGUCAUGUCUGCAGUUCACGGGGGACAGCAGCCACUUCGUCUCGGGGGGCAAGGACUGCCUGGUGCUGGCUUGGAGCCUCUGCAGCGUGCUGCAGGCAGACCCCUCCCGGACCCCCGCCCCCCGACACGUGUGGUCUCGCCACACCCUCCCCAUCACAGACCUGCACUGCGGCUUUGGUGGGCCCCUGGCCCGGGUGGCCACCGCCUCGCUGGACCAAACAGUGAAGCUGUGGGAGGUCUCCUCUGGCGAGCUGCUGCUGUCUGUGCUCUUCGACGUGAGCAUCAUGGCCGUGACCAUGGACCUGGCUGAGCAUCACAUGUUCUGCGGUGGUAGUGAUGGCUCCAUCUUCCAGGUCGACCUCUGUACCUGGCCUGGGCAGAGAGAGAAGAGCUUCCAGCCGGAGCAGGACCACGGGAAGGUGUUCAGAGGGCACAGGAACCAGGUGACCUGCCUGUCAGUGUCCACGGAUGGCAGCGUGCUACUCUCGGGCUCCCACGACGAGACGGUGCGCCUCUGGGAUGUGCAGAGCCAGCAGUGCCUCAGGACGGUGGCUCUCAAAGGCCCCGUGACCAACGCCUGCAUCGUGCUGGCGCCAGUCAGCAUGCUGAGCUCUGACUGCAGGCCCAGCCUGCCCUUGCCGCACUUCAAUAAGCACCUGCUGGGCGCAGAGCAUGGGGACGAGCCACGCCACGGGGGCCUCACGCUGCGCCUGGGCCUCCACCAGCAGGGGUCAGAGCCCAGCUACCUGGAGCGGGUGGAACAGCUGCACGGGGUGAUGUGCAGCACGUUGGAGAAGAGCGUGCUGGGUGGCCAGGACCAGCUGCGGAUCCGCGUGGCAGAGCUGGAGGACGAGGUGCGGAACCUGCGCAAGAUCAACCGCGACCUCUUUGACUUCUCCACGCGCAUCAUCACUCGACCGGCCAAGUGAGGCCCAGUGAGCACGCGCACAGCCCGGACCCGCACCCGGACCUGCCCCCUGGGCUCUCCCCAGGGCCCUCCCGGCUGGCUGGCAGAGCCCGAGGCCCGAGCCCAUCCUCUGCCAGUGUCCUAUCAUUUGGAUUUGCCACCCCCACCAGGGGUCGUGGUCCAGUGUUGACCCGCUGUCCUUCCAUGACCUCCCAUGUCAUGUUGGUGCUGUGCCACGUCUAACAAAAGAGCUGAAAUCCUG